AUGUCCUUCAAGCCAACCAUAGUCCUUGUCCCGGGUGCCUGGGCCACCCCAGCAUUCUACACCCAACUCUCAUCCAAUCUCUCAGAAAAGGGUCUUAUAACCGAAACCGUUGCACAUUCCUCAUCCGGCACGGAACCUCCCACGAAGACCCUUGACGACGACAUCUCAAACCUCCGAAGCACCCUGCAACGACUCGUUAACUCUGGAGAAUGUCAUCGUGGUCGCGCACUCGGUCUCGAGGGACCAGUCCGUCGAAAGGAAGGAAAGCAGGGUGGUGUGGUGAUGAUCGUGUACAUGACCGCGUUCGUGGUUAAUGAAGGACAAAGCCUGAUUGAUGUUUGCGGGGGAGAAAUUUUGCCGUGGAUCAAAUUCGAUGGAGACUACACCACCCUAGCCUUCGAGAACCCAUUCCACGACCUUCCCCAGGCACAACAAACUCACUGGACGUCUGCGCUAACGCAUACCCCUCUCCUUGUUUUCUCUGGUACCGCGACACACGACCCAUGGUAUGUUAUACCAACUGCAUAUAUUAUGGGUGAAGAGGAUGCGAUGUUGCCGUUGGCGGUGCAGGAGUAUAUGGUUGGGGUGCUGGGAACGUCGCGUGUAUAUCGGUUAAAAUCGUCACAUUUUCCGUUUUUGAGUAUGCCGGAGAGGGUUGCAGGAAUUGUUGGGGGGUUGGUUGAGGAGGUUUGA